GUCACAUGUUCGCAUCAACGGACCCCAGAGUGACCGACAGCCUGCUGAUCGGUGAGCCGGUGGUCCCCGAUUACCGUUAACCGAUCAGAGGAGCAGCUAGCGGAGAGAUAGCAGCUAACGGCUAACGGAACAUGGAGGAGUUUUUAUCCAACUGCCACCGGGCCGUGAAGGGCAGCCCAGGGGAGGCGAGUUCAGGAUUCCAUGUGGUCCUGGGUAAUGAGGCGUGUGAUGUGGACUCCAUGGUGUGUGCUCUGGCCUACGCCUUCUUCCUGUCCAAGACCACCCACAGUCCGAUGCUCACUCUCCCUCUGAUGAACGUGCGUCAGGCCGACUUCGUGCUGCGGUCAGAUAAUAUUUUCCUGCUGCGUCAGCUCGCUCUCUCACCCGAACACUUACUGUUCAGAGAUCAGGUUGACCUGAGAGCGCUGCAUCGAUCCGGACACCUCAGACUGACGCUGGUCGACCAUAAUGUCCUGCCCAGUUCAGACAGCGACCUGGAGGGGGCAGUGGUGGAAGUGAUCGACCAUCACCUUCUGGAGAGAGAGCCCUCCUCUUCCUGUCCUGUUACUGUGGAGACAGUGGGAUCCUGUGCUACCUUGGUAACCGAACGCAUCAUCCAGAAAGCUCCAGAAAUCCUGGACCAGCAGCUGGCCCAACUGCUCUACGCGGCCAUGGUGCUGGACUGCGUGAACAUGGCGCCCUCUGCAGGUAAAGUUACACCCAAAGACAGUCAGGUUGCUGCGUCACUGGAGAGUCGAUUCCCCACUCUGCCACCGCGUGGCGCUCUGUUCAACACACUGCAAAGUGCCAAGUUUGACGUCUCAGGUCUGACCACGGAGCAGAUGUUGCUGAAGGACAUGAAGGCAGUCUCUGAAGGAUUAAACCUCGCCAUCUCUGUUCUCUACAUCACGCUGGAGGACUUCCUGCAGAGAGCAGGGCUGGAGACAGAGCUCUCAGAUUUCUGUCUGAAGUUUGGCUUCGACCUGCUGCUGAUGAUGACCAUCUCCUUCAAUGAGAACAAAGAGCCAAUCAGAGAGCUUGCUGUGUUCAGCCACAGUAACAGCUGCAGACAGCAGGUGAGCCUCCAUCUGGAGCAGGCGCGUAAUCCCGCCCUCAACCUUUGUCCAAUCAGCAGCCCCCAUCCUCACAUCACAGCCUACCAGCAGGGAAACUCUCUGGCAUCUCGGAAGAAGCUCCUCCCCAUUGUCAAAGACUUCUUGAAGGGGCGGGACGGAGACGGUCGUCUAGGAGAUGUUGAUGAGGAGGAGGAGUCUGGGGUCCCACCGACCCCCAUGAACAGUCUGGUGGAGGGCUGUCCGCUGGAUGACGGCCUGCCGCACAUCAGCGCCCACGACCUCGAGGAGAAGUUCAACAAGAUGGCCGCCGGAGGCGCUCACUGACCUCUGACCGGCCAGCCGUCUAUCAUCGGGACGCUCUGAGCACGCUCAGUCUGUUGAAGGUACCGCAGUCUGAUGAUGUCACAGCUGGAGUCAUCAAGGCUCUAAUGAUGUCACUUCCUACUGUGAAAAAGCCUUUAAUUACAAAGAUAAUCAAAUAACAUCAUCAGCUGGAGGUCAGCCCUUCAAAAUAAAAGUCUGGUUGUUCACCAGUGAGCGGACUCUUAAACCAAAACAAGACAAUCCAAACGCCCUCAGUGUUCUGUUACCGCCACAUGGGGGCGCCACAGUCUGCAGCUAAGGCUGGCUGCACAUGAGACCAUGUAUAAAUCUGAAAUUGGUUAAAAAUUCUGGUAGACCACCAACAAAAGAGUCAGGGUCUUUAACAGCUAACGGAUUUUUAAUUUGAUGUGAGAAAUCCAAAAUCAAGAAAGGAGCUGCUUCCUAACUUCUGUUUAAAAUAAAACAUGGAUAAACUUUCCUUGUCUCUUACAGCCAGUUUAGAUUAAACUGAGUCCAAAAAUGAAAACAAAACCUUUUUUUUUUUUUUUAAAGCUUUCAAAUAAAGAAAAGAAAAACAGUUCACUUAUUGCUUUUAUUUUCAAGAUCAAAAUAAAGAGGAUCAAAGAAUGGAACACAGGUGAUGUAACAUUCUUUUUUUCAACACCUGCUCCAAGUCACUUUGAUAGGAAAAAAAAGAAUGUUACCUCACCAGCGUCCUGUCUAUGAUCUUUCCAUUUUAUCCUGAUCAUAAAAACAAAGAGAUGAACAAGCACAUUUUUUAUUUAUUCAUUUCUUUUAGGGGAAAAAGGAAAAACUGAAACAUCAAAGAAGAAAAACAAAAUAAAAAAGUAUAUAUUUUUUUAUCUUCUGAAUGGUGGCUUGGGUCCAUAAUCAGACUUUAGAUGGUCGAGUGUGUAGCCAGCCUAACGAAAAUGUUCAGUAUUAAUUAUUUUAUUGUAUUUAGAUUUUUUUUUAAAUAGACCAGGUACAAGUGUUGGCUCAGAGUUAGCUUUAAAGCUAAUUAGCAUUAGCAACUCUCCCAGCAGGAGGAGUGAAAGAAAAGUGUAAAUCAGUUGUUUGGUCUUUGAAGCCUCAGAAAUGGAAAAAAAUGGAAUUAAACAGUCUAAAAACC